AUGCCUUGCACCAGUUCCGCACACCAGCUACAAGAGGUGUGGCCAGUCCCGCUGGAUCAGGUCGUAAACUUUAUUGCUUAUCUGUCAGUCACUCACCACUCCCCCAACACAGUCAAGACUUACAUUGCAGCGCUGUCUUCACACCACAAAUUCCACGGGCUCACCGACUGUACAAACCAUUUCCUGGUAGGCAAGAUUGUAACUGGCUUACACAAAUCAGCGGGCCGUCCAGACACCAGAAAACCGAUCACUGCAGAUCUGCUGCAGGUAGUAACCAACAAUCUGCCUCACGUAUGCUCAUCAGCAUACGAAGCCAGGCUGUUCAAGGCAGUCUACUGCACAGCCUUCUUCGGUUUCUUUAGGGUUAGCGAACUGGUCCAAACUGGACCCUCAAAAACAGGUUGCGCCAUCCAGAAUCUAAGCUUCGCGGGCAACCCCCAGCAGCUUGCAAUCCAUUUACCACACUCAAAGUCCGAUCAGUACAGGAUGGGGACAACAGUUACAAUGUCACCUAUACCAGGUAAUCCGCUAUGUCCGGUAGUCGCCAUCAAGCACUACCUGGAGGCGCGCCCCUCCGGCCCACAACAUGCAUUCGUUCACUUCGACCAUUCCCCCAUUACAAGGUACCAAUUCCAGGCACUCCUAAAAAAGGCCUUAGCACACAGCAACAUAAACACGGCCUGCUAUUCUUCGCACUCCUUCCGCAUUGGGGCAGCCACAUCAGCAGCCAUGAACGGGGUGCCCGAACACCUCAUACAACAAUACGGCAGGUGA